AUGUAUCUGUUUUUCCUCAUAGCAAUUCAAUCUGGUCCUAUUGAUCAUGCGCAUGAACUAGAUGAGGACAUCAUACAGAACGAAGUAAUAGCGAAUACUACAACUAAAGACUUAGUUAAAAAUAAUGCUUCCGAAAUUUUAACUAAUAAAGAACAUGAAAUAAAAACAGAAAAGCAAAACAACAUUACUAUUGACAAACCUUCCGAAAAUACCAGUGUUCCAGUGAAGAAAAUCGAAAACAUCACAAUUUCUAAAAAUGAAACAAAGCAAAUAAGUAAAAACGUCACAGAAAUACACAAAAAGCCAUCAGAAGCGAAUGUAACUCUUGGAGAACCUCCUAUUGCUCUACCAAUCACUAAAAAACCAAAAAAUGUAACAAAAUCAGAAGAUAAACCUCAUAAAGAGAAGGCACCAUCUUUACCUAAUAACCCAUUACAAGAGAAACACGAAAAUAUUACGGUUUUAAACAAAACAAUAGUGAAUUUGAACGAAACUACACAGUCUCAAGUGAACGGAAAGCCAAAACCCGAUGUAAAAUUGAAUACAAACAAAACAAUUAACCAAACAAACGUUCCGAGACAGAAUUCAACAAAAUUACAACAAAAUCAAGAUAAAAAACCAGUUAAACAACAAAACCAUAAUGCAACAGUACCAAAGAAUAAUAAAACAGAGCCAAUUCAGCCAAACAGCACAGAAAUAAAUAAAAUUAAAAUAAAUUCAACAGAACCAUCUAAAAAUAUAACACACAAUAACACUACAAAGGAUAACAAACUAAAUAUAACACAAAACAGCGAAAUUAAACUAAGUGUUACAGAACCUUACGAAAAAGUAAGUCAAGUGAAUGAAACCAAGCCAAAUAUAACUACCACAAAUAACAGCCGACCAAUUAUAGCUGAAAUUCCUCCAAAUCAAACAAUUCCAAAAUAUAUCAAAUAUUCAAAGACACAAAGCGAUGAUGAGAAGCCACAGAAGCUAAACAACCCAGAUCCGAUCGAAAGGAUGAAGCAUUUCAAUGAAACAGAUGAACAAAAAGAAUUUAAGAUGAUAAUUCCAAUGAAAGAUGUUCAAACUGAAGAAACAAAUAAUACAAUGCCAUCUACAUAUGAUACUAAGCCUAAUGCUACUCAAAAAGUGGAAGAAAAAUUAAAUAAUUCUGUUUUGAUUGAAAAAAUCGAACAAAUUAAUGAAACAAAGAACGAAACUGAACUAAAUAGUAUCAAUGUAACGAAUGAUAAGCCAGAAAAGCCUCUUUUAAAGAAGAAAGAAUCCGAAAUCGAAAUUAAUGUUACAUUUAACGAUGUAAAUGAAACAGAAUUGAAUCAAACAGAUAUUAUUAAUGAAAAUACUACAUUAGAAGAACCUUCCCAGUCAGAAGUCCUUCCAGGUGAUGAUAAAACGAUCGAAAUUGAAGAAUUAGACAAGAAACUAGACGAAAACAUUAAGAACAAGACUAAUAUUGAAGAAAACAUUAAACUUAAUACUGAUUUGAACAAAACAAAUGAAAUUCUCAAAAAUGAAGAAAAUACCAAAAAAGAAAAUCAAAAUUUAGAUCAAAUUCAUGAACCAAAAGAAGAAGAAAAUAAAAAUGAGACAUUGAUUUCAAAUAAUAAUCAGACAAUGAGAAAAGAGGAAACAAAAAGUGACACUAAGGAAGUAAAAAGUGACAAGGUCGAAGUUUCUGAGGAAACCAAGAAAGAAACGCCAACUCCAACCAAAGAACCAGUCGAUCCCAUAGUUGUUAACAUCAGAAAGGCCAGUUCUAUUCAUCCAACUGCGACAGAAACUCCUGAAGAUGCAGAAGAAGCGGAACCAACACCAACAGAGAAAAUCAGACACUACAGGAGGCCAACGAUUGUCCAGCCUCCAUCAUUGUGGGAAGACUUGAUGUCUCACUCCGGUACAAGUGUAAUUAUCGGAAUUUGCGUAUUCCUUAGCAUAUCUGUUUAUGCUAUCUAUGCUUUUGUUAUUAAACCAAAUAGGACACAAAAGCAUGCUUUGCCUUUCCUUCUUAAGCAAAAAGAUGGAAAUAAUAACAAUACAAGUAGCUUUGAUAUUGAAAGAGGAGAUUUAGUGCGUACUGAGGGUAGAACUUUUUAA